CAUCCUCCAUCCAGGGCACCUCAAGACAACUCAAAAGCUGCAAUAGCCAUGGCUGCACCUGCACUCUCCAGUUUUGUGUUUCUGCUCAAUCUGAUUCAUUUAAUUCUGCACAUCUCCGCUCUAGAUAUCCUCUCUUCAGGCUCCUCUCUCUCAGCAGAGCGCAGCUCCGAUGUGCUCCGUUCGCCAGAUGGCACAUUCACCUGUGGCUUGUACAACAUCUCCCCUAACGCAUCCACCUUCUCCAUAUGGUUCUCCAAAGUGCCUGAAAGAACUGUUGUGUGGAGCGCAAACCCUCUCCAUCCUGUGUACAGCUGGGGAUCAACUGUCAAGCUAAAUUUCGACGGGAGCAUGGUUCUAAGGGACUACGGUGGCCAGAUUGUGUGGACCAACAACGUGAGCUCAAAUAUUAAUGCAGAACAAGCUCAGCUCUUGGACACUGGGAACCUCAUCGUGAAGGGCAAAGGUGAUACCAUUCUAUGGCAAAGCUUUACUUCUCCUACUGAUACCUUGUUACCCGGUCAGAGGAUUAAUGCUACAAUCCAGCUCGUGUCCACUAAUAGACUGCUUGUUCCUGGCCACUACAGCUUACAUUUUGAUGACCAAUUCCUGAUUUCACUAUUUGACGAUCAAAAGGAUCUCUCUUUUAUCUAUUGGCCGGAUCCAAGUAGGACUAUUUGGCAAAAGCUAAGGAUGCCAUUUAUGAGCAACACAAGCGGUGUUCUUGAUAGCGUGGGGCAGUUCCGUGGAAGUGAUAACACAUCUUUCAGGGCUGCUGAUUGGGGUAUUCACACGGUAAGAAGACUAACACUAGAUUACGAUGGCAAUCUCAGACUCUAUAGUCUGAAGGAUGAUGGAACAUGGUCAGUCACAUGGAUGGCAUUUCGGCAGCUCUGCAACGUACAUGGUUUGUGCGGCAGGAAUGGAGUAUGUGUGUAUACACCUGUGCCAAGAUGUGUUUGUACCCCUGGUUUCGAAGUCAUCGACCAAAGUGACUGGGGCAAAGGCUGCAGACCAAAGAUCAAUAUUACUUGUGACAAGAAAAAGGUUAAGUUUGUUCAUCUACCCAACACUAACUUCUUAGGGCUUGAUUUAAGUGUCCACCGUUCUGUCUCUCUUAACUUCUGCAAAAACAUAUGUUUGAGUGACUGCAACUGUAAUGGGUUCGCAUACUGGCAAGGAAUUGGCGACUGCUACCCAAAAGCUAUUCUACUAGGUGGCGCAAGUCUACAGCAUGGUACCGGCAGCAUAUACCUUAAACUUCCAAAGGACUUAGAAGUACCUGAAUCCUCAAUUCCUCGGUCACAAUUUUUUGGUCCCAAAUAUGGGCCUAACUGCAGUGAAGCAAACAAAUAUACCAUCGCCGACUUCUCUAGUAUCCAUAAAAGCCGUCAGAAUAUAUCGAAAUAUUUGUACUUCUAUGGGUUUUUAUCAGCCAUGUUUCUAGCAGAGCUAAUACUUAUUUUAUUAGGAUGGUUUAUUUUGAGAAGGGAGGGCAAGCACCUGAGAGGAGCAUGGCCAGCUGAGGCUGGCUACGAAAUGAUAACCAACCAUUUUCGAAGAUACACCUACAGAGAAAUAGCGACAGCUACUGGAAAGUUUAAGGAUGAGCUUGGAAGGGGUGCAUCUGGCAUUGUGUACAGAGGAAUCUUGAAAGACAACAGGGCAAUAGCUGCGAAAAAGCUGGGAGAUAUAAACCAAGGUGGGGAAGAAUUCCAGCAUGAACUAAGUGUGAUUGGUAGGAUUUACCAUAUGAACCUAGUGAGAGUUUGGGGAUUCUGUUCUGAUGGUCAGCACAGGAUGUUGAUUUCAGAAUAUGUGGAGAAUGGCUCACUGGACAAGAUCUUAUUUGGUGUGGGAGGCUCAGAAAUCCUACUUGAAUGGAAGCAAAGAUUUAAUAUCGCCCUAGCGGUGGCAAGAGGACUGGCGUAUCUUCAUCACGAGUGCUUAGAGUGGGUCAUUCACUGCGAUGUCAAGCCUGAAAACAUACUGCUGGAUAAGAACUUCGAGGCAAAGAUUGCUGACUUUGGCCUCGCGAAGCUCUUGAACAGAGGUGGAUCAAAUUUAAAUGUUUCUCGGAUCCAAGGAACUAGAGGUUACUUAGCCCCUGAAUGGGUUUCCAGCCUCCCAAUAACCGCAAAGGUUGAUGUUUACAGCUUUGGUGUGGUGCUGCUGGAACUACUAAAGGGAGCCCGUAUUUCGGACAUGGAAAAGAAUGAGGAUGAGGAGGUGGAGAUGGUCCUUGGAAGGAUAGUCAGGAUGCUCAAAGAGAAUCUGCAGUUGGAUGGCACCGAACAAUCAUGGGUCCCCGAAUUUAUUGACGCCAGACUGAAAGACGAAUUCAACUACUUGCAAGCAAGAACAAUGAUAAAGCUGGCGGUUUCAUGCCUGGAGGAAGAUAGAAGCAGAAGACCUACCAUGGAAAAUGUGUUGCAGAUGCUGGUUUCAGUUGAUGAAGUCAGUAGCGCAACUGUAAUGGGAGGAGCUGCUUAAAAGCAUGCAUACAUAUGUAUGGUUCUUUGUACUAAUGGCCAUGGAUUGAUAUAAAAUGCUAGUUGUAUCA